CUUAUUGACAUGGGAGGUGCCACAUAAGCCAAUGAAUAUCAUAGCACUGUCAUUAAUACUAGACAAUAUAGAGCACCUGAAGUAAUCUUGAGAUGUGAUGCCUGGGAUACCUCAAGUGACAUUUGGAGUCUUGCAUGUCUAAUUGUUGAAUUAUAUACGGGUAAAUACUCAAAACAAAAAACCAUAUAGGAACUGUAUUUAUUUAAGUAGGCAACAAUGAUUUACUACAUUUGUCUAUCAUCCAAUCUAUCUUUGGACCUAUUCCAAGAUGGAUGAAAGAGCGAUCCAAAAUUAAAACAUAACUUAAUUCUCUUCCUAAACCUAAGCCAUAAUAAUAAUUAAAUUAAUUAAUCAAAGAUUAAGAUCUUCUUGAUUUACUUAAUAAAAUGUUUUGUAUUGAUCACUAUUAACGAAUUGAUUGUCAAAAAAUUUUACUACAUUAAUUUUUCUAAAA